GGUGGAAACCUUGCAUCAGGACUGAGAGUAGUGAGGUGAGAUGGCCUGUAUAGAGAUGAGAAGGAGACCACCAAGAUGAGAGUCAAAGGCGAUAACCCAGCCUACCUGUUUAUUGAUAUCUGUGGGAUUAGCCACUGCGUUCGGCAGGCAGUUGUCCUGGCAACGGGCGAGUAGGCGUGUUGCACAGCCAUGGAGCAAGGCCGGCGAGAAGCGCAGAUCCCGGCCCCGUGGUCUUAUCGCCAGAGGCAGUUAGAACAAUCUCAUUUCGUCCGAAUGGCUGUGAAAACAUUUGGCCCUCCAAGGAGCCGCAAGAGGGUCAUAACCGCAGCUCCCACUCCAUCCCGGUACCGGGCCCGCUCCUGGCCGGAAACGGUACUCCGGCCUGGGCUAUCUGAAGAGCGGCCGCCCGCUAGGGAGCCGGACACGGACUACGCUCUGUAUCUGGCGAUGAAGAGGCGGCAGAGGGCCGAUCUGGAGGCGAUGGCGGAUCUCAAGAGCUGGCUCAACAGCAAACUCGCGGCCACAGACUUGGAGCUACGAGUCCUGGAGAGGCUAGAGCGGAGGUCAGAGGAGCCGGGGCUUGAGCCGAAACAGCAACCCAAAACCCAGAAAAAUACAUCACAGAAGGUUUACUACAAACCUCCAUCAGUUAAUCUACCUUCCCUGGAGCCAGUUAAGCUACUCCAUGAAUAUUUAACCCAAAAAAGGCUACGAUUUGUAGAUUUCUUCCGAAGUAAUGAUCGAGGAAUGAAAGGGAAACUCUCAAAAGAUGAUCUAUUGGUAGCAUUUAAAAAGGUCAAUCUUCCAAUCACUGAUCUGCAGAUGAAUGAAUUGACAGAAACUCUUGGUGAUCACACAAAGCGCUUCAGUUACAAAGUUCUUGCGCAAGCACUAAAUACCUGGAAAGAAGAAUUGCGGCAAGAAAACAGAAAUAAGCAUUUCAAGAAAGUGAAUAGCUUGCCAAAGAUUGCUGUAUCAACCAAUCUCGCAAAUGCAACGGCCUCCAUCGAGCAAGAUGGUAACGUGCCCAGAACUCCACAUGAGUUGAAGGUGCAACCAGUCAAUCUGAGAGAAAGCAGGUCUUUUACAGCUGAAGAAUUGGGGCAACUAGAAAUGAGGAAUCAAGAUACAAAUAGAAUGUUAAAGAACAAACAACAUCAGGAAGAGUUAAUGGAAAAAUGCCUACAUGCGCAAGGGGUGGAGCAUUCCAUUGCCUGCCAUUCUUUACUAACUACAAUGGGAGGAGAAAUGGGAGAGGCAGCCAACACCUUUUACAAACAGUGCCUGAAGGACUACAGGAAAACUCUGAAAAUAUGUCAAUUACAUGACAUUGCGCUCACCGAAAAUAUGUUAGUAAAAGCCUUACUUCACCCUGGAGACCGAGAGCAAAGUUCCAGGCAAAGACAACCUGGGACUGGUGUAAUAUCUCAUAAUACUAUGAAGCAACAGCUUUCCACCAGGGAGCUCGGUAGAAAGCUGGAAAGCAGGACCUCCAGGGUAGUAAUCUCCAGAUUGCUGCCUAUAUCACACACCAGUGAGGGAACUGUGAUGUCACUUUAUGUUACAACUGUACAAGACGUUGGUAUCAACACAGCUUUCCAAGGCACAGUAUUCCGUUAGCUUUGCUUUUACCAGCCUGCAAACACCAUAAAGCGUUUCUUUCGACAACUUAAAGAAGAGUAUGUAAAGGGGGUUUCUUCUUUUUUCUUUGUUACUGUGUAUGUAAUCAAAAGGGCUUCUUUGUUUUGUUAAAAGCAGGAAUGUUUCUUUGUUGCGAGAGAGUGCUAGAAGCUUGUUUGGGUUAAAAUUUACUGAUAACGAGAAUUGUAUUCCUUUGUAAACCAAAUGGGGAUUAAUGUUCUUUCUUCUGAGUCUGUAAGCUUUUGUUGACGGGCUUUUGGGGAGAUCGGCGCGAGGGGGUUGAGAGAGAGGACGCAAUGCUGUAAGCUGGGCGAGGAACGGACCCCAAGCGGGGGUCCGAGGCCUGGAGGUACUCCAAGGAGGGGGAUGAAGCUAGAUGUGCUUGGUUGACCACUUGGAGGGUCCUGAGCUGCGAGUCGAGGAGUUCGGAGGGGAUCAAAUGGUGGCCAGAAGGCUUCAGUAAUUGAGCUCCAAUGGUUGUGCAUGAAGUGGUUUGGACUUUGAUAAGUUUGGAGCCUUUUCUUUAUUUUUUCUCUUCAUAUAUACUGUAUCGUUAUUAAUCACUUAGUUAUAGUAACCUUUAUAAAUUGUACUCAUUUAAUCGCUUAUGGUGUACUGUUUGUUUUGGGCGAGGCGGGGACAUCACACAGCAUCCACACCAGCUGAUUACCCAGUUUGGCGGGGCCGAAGGCUGCUCCCCCUAGACGGAAACGAGCUGAGCGAACCGGAGGCGACCCAGGGGGUUACAAGUAUGUAGACAAUUUACUGAUCAGAAGGACAAGUAAGCAUGAAUGAAUAAUGCAUUUUUAAAACAGGCAAUGGAACAGCAAGAUUAGAGGUAUUUGUGCACAAUGUUUAUUUUGGUGUGACUGAUGCCUGACAUUGUCAAUAUCUUAUGUGCUUAUAUCAUCUGCAGCUUAAUGUGAAAAGGACUAAGGAACUGGUGGUGGACCUGAGGAGGGCUAAGGCACCGGUGACCCCUGUUUCCAUCCAAGGGGUCAGUGUGGACAUGGUGGAGGAUUACAAAUACCUGGGGAUACGAACUGACAAUAAACCGGACUGGUCAAAGAACACUGAGGCUGUCUACAAGAAGGGUCAGAGCCGUCUCUACUUCUUGAGGAGACUGAGGUCCUUUAACAUCUGCUGGACGAUGCUGAGGAUGUUCUAUGAGUUUGUGGUGGCCAGUGCUAUCAUGUUUGCUGUUGUGUGCUGGGGCAGCAGGCUGAGGGUAGCAGACACCAACAGAAUCAACAAACUCAUUCGUAAGGCCAGUGAUAUUGUGGGGGUGGAACUGGACUCUGGUGGUGUCUGAAAAGAAGAUGCUGUCCAAGUUGCAUGCCAUCUUGGAUAAUGUCUCCCAUCCACUCCAUAAUGUACUGGUUAGGCACAGGAGUACAUUCAGCCAGAGACUCAUUCCACUGAGAUGCAACACUGAGCGUCAUAGGAAGUCAUUCCUGCCUGUGGCCAUCAAACUUUACAACUCCUCCCUCGGAGUGUCAGACACCCUGAGCCAAUAGGCUGGUCCUGGACUUAUUUCCACUUGGAAUAAUUUACUUAUUAUUAUUUAAUUAUUUAUGGUUUUAUAUUGCUAUAUUUCUACACUAUUCUUGGUUGGUGCGACUGUAACGAAACCCAAUUUCCGUGGGAUCAAUAAAGUAUGUCUGUCUGUCUGUCUUAAAAGUGGUUCGACCAGGUAACAAAUUGAAAUGGGUGAUAAAUAGAAGACUGAAGGUGUUUAUAUUUGAAGGUACACAGUAUAUGGAAAAAAGCAGAUGAUCUUGUAGUGCAGUUAGAGAUUGGCAGGAUUGAGGUUAUGGUCAUCACUGAGUCCUGGUUGAAAGAAGAUUACAGUUGGGAGCUUAGCAUCCAAGAAUACACAUUGUAUAUAAAGGCCAGGCAGGUAGACAGAGGGGUAGGGUGGCUCUGCUGGUAAAAAAAAAACACGAAAUCAGAUCCUUAGAAAGAGAUGUCAUAGGAUCUGAACAUGUAGAAUUCUUGUGGGUAGAGUUAUAAAACUGCAAAGGUAAAAAUGAUUCUGAUGAGAGUUUAUAUUUACAGGCCUCCAAACAGUAGCCAGGAUGUGGGGUACAAAUUACAAAAGGAAAUGUAUAAAGGGCAAUGUUAUCAAGGUAACUGGGGAUUUCAAUGGAUGAUCAGAUUGGUGCUGGAUCUCAAGGGAAGGAAUUUGAAGAAUGCUUGUGAGAUGGUAUUUUAGAGCAGCUUGUGGUGGAGCCCACUUGGGAAAAGGCAACUCCAGGUUGAGUGUUGUGUAAUGAACCAGAUUUGGUUAGGGAGUUUAAGGUACAGAAAACCUUAAAAGGCCGUGAUCAUAAUAUGACAGAAUUCACUGUGCUGCUUGAGAGGGAGAAGCUAAAGUCAGAUGUAGCAGUAUUACAGUGGAGAAAAGGGAAUUAUAGAGGCAUGAGAGAGAGGAGUUGGCCAAAGUGGAUUGAACAGGGAUACCAGCAGGGAUAAUGGCAGAACAGCAAUGGUUGGAGUUUCUGGGAGAAAUUCAGAAGGCACGGGAUAGGUACAUCCCAAAGUAGUAGUAUUCUAAAGGCAGGACAACGUAACCACGGCUGGCAAAGGAAGUUAAAAAAAUUAUAAAAGCAAAAUAGGGGGAAAAAAAUUAGUGGGAAGUUAGAGGAAUGGGAAACUUCUAGAAACCAACAGAAUGCAACCAACAAAAAAAAACAUAAGAGAAAAGAUGAAAUAUGAAGGCAAGCUAGCAGAUAAUAUAAAACAUGAUACUAAAAGUAAUUUCACAUAUAAAAACAGCAAAGGGGAGGCACGAGUGGCUAUCAGACCACUGGAAAAUAAUGCCGAAGUAACAGAAGACAAAAGAAACAACGAACAAACUUAACAAGUAUUUUGUGUUGGUCUUCACCAUGGAAGACACCAGCACGAUGCCAGAAAUCCAUGAGCAUCAGGGAGCAGAAGGGAACGUAGUUGCUAUUACUAAGGGGAAGGUGCUUGUGAAGCUGAAAAAACCUUAAGGAGGGCAAGUCAAAUGGACCAUGUGGGAACCCAGGAACCCAAGUGUUCUUAAAGAGAUAGCUGAAGGGUUCUGGAGGCAUUAGCUCGCAAUGACCUUUCAAGACUGAUUAUUCCGGAAUUUUUCCAGAGGACUGCAAGAUUACAGAAGUCACUCCAUUCUUUAAGAUCAGGGGGAAACAAAAGAAUGAAAAUUAUAGUCCAGUUAGCCUGAUAUCAGUAAGAUCUUACCAUCCAUUAUUAAGGAUGAGGUUUUGGGGUACUUGGAUGCACAUGAUAAAAUAGGCCAAGGUCAGCAAGGUGUCAGGGAAAACCUUGCUUGAGAAAUUAUUUGAAGGAAUAAUAGCCAAGGCAGACAAAAAAGAGUCAGUGGAUGUUGUUUACUUGGAUUUUCAGAAAGCACUCGACAAUGUGCUGCACAUGAGGCUGUUAAACAAGAACCCAUGGUAUUACGGGAAUGAUACUAGUGUGGAUAGAAUGGCUGACUGGCAGGAGGCAAAGAGUGGAAAGAUAGGGGGCCUUUUCUUGUUGGCUGCCAGUCACUAGUGGUGUUCCACAAGGUUUGGUGUUAGGACCAUUACUUACAUAUUUCUGUUAAUGACUUGGAUGAUGGCAUUGAUGGCUUUGCGGCCAAGUUUGAGGAUGAUAUGAAGGUAAGCACAGAGACAGGUAGUGUUGAGGAAGCAUAGUGACAAUGGGGAACGAAGAGGCAGAUGGAAUAUAGUGUA